ACUAUUGGUGUUCCGUUUGCUUGGAUAAGCAUGCCUUGUUUGUCUUCGUCACCCUCUCAAGUAUGCCAACAAUCCUGGAGAACAAAACAAUUUUAAAAUAAAAUAAAAUAAAAAUACAAAAACCCCCAAUCUGAAAACUUUACGUGAUGAUAUGGAGAACACGAUCAUGGAAACAGAGCUAUAAAAGGAAAUUCAUUAUUACGAAGCAAAUGCAAAGGUGGGAAGAGAAAUGGCCUGGUUGAUCCGCUUUAAAGCUCGAUCGCUUGUAUCAGCGACAAGGUCACUACGCGAUACCCUCGAUUCUUAUCGCUGCUCACUGUCUCAUUUCUCUGGGUUUACUACCGAUGACUCUGUUCGCAGUUUCCCGAGGAAAUGGCUUUGUUCAAAAGCGAUGAGAUUGAAUGAUGUGGACGACAUACAAUCAAGGUCAUCGUCUUCACCGGAUAUCACUAGGAGGCCCUCGGUUUCUGCUUCUAGCAAUUCCCUAGGUGUAGGACUACAAGAAGUUACAGGCUCCAAAUUGAACUUGUUUGACGAGUUGAAACUGAGGUUUCUGAGUUUUAAACAUCACAAAUAUUUGGAAGAAUUGGAGCAUUUUGAAACACUUAAAGAAGCUCAAACACCCAAGUUUAUGGUGAUUGCUUGUGCAGAUUCCAGGGUGUGUCCUUCUACAAUCCUUGGGUUUCGACCAGGGGAAGCCUUCAUGAUUCGAAAUGUAGCUAAUCUUGUUCCUCCACUCCAGAAGGGACCUUCAGAAACUAACGCUGCCCUUGAAUUUGCAGUAAAAACUCUUCAAGUUGAAAACAUAUUAAUUAUCGGUCACAGUUGCUGCGGAGGAAUUCAGACCCUUAUGAGCAUGCAAGAUAAUAGUGACUCCAGUUUUAUCAAAACUUGGGUUACUAAUGGGAAAAAUGCAAAGUUAACAACAGAAUCUGCCGCAAACCACCUUAGCUUCGAUCAACAAUGCCGUCUCUGUGAGAAAGAAUCCAUAAAUAUGUCGCUAAUGAACUUGCUAACAUAUCCGUGGAUAAAAGAGAAGGUGAAGAAAGAGAUGCUGUUUGUUCAUGGAGGAUACUAUGAUUUUCUCAACUGUACAUUUGAGAAGUGGACGCUUGAUUUCAAGGGAGGCAGUGAUGAAGAAAAGGGAAGGUUCUUCGUCAAAGAUCAACAACUUUGGUGCUGACUGAUGCGUUCUUGGCCAUUUUAUAUAUAUAUAUAUAUAUUUGAAACCUGUACAUUGCAAGAAAAUGACAAUUAUACAAAUAUAAACGGCGUUUGAUACGUAAAAAGCAAAGGCUGCAAAGCUCAAUUAUCAAAUCAAACCACGCCCAAACAUUAUAUUGAGCUAAAGGCAAAUCCAGCAUGUAAUUGGAAGGGAUUGUAAAGCUAAGGGUGCAAUCUGGCUAGGAUUGUCGAUUACAGAAGGUAAUGGCGCGGGAUUAUCAUUUUAUUGUUUGUAUGUUUUGUCUCGCCUGAAUGUUAAAACCUAUAUAAUAUUACAACUUUUUUAUGUAGA